GCAGGUUAGAUUCGUUAGAAGGAGGAAGACGCGAGACCUGAAACUGUAUCGUGGUUCGUGUGUUUGGCACAAACCCAGCUCCUUCCCGGGGAGAAAACCUCCGUCUCCGACAUGGUAAAAGCUUGGACGGCGACCACGAUCACGAUGUACUGAGGGAAGAUCUUACAAGGCAUGUCGAAAUCGCUGAUUCAUCGCAUAACGCCGUUCUUCGCCGCUCGAAUCCGGCAAAACCACAGCCUUCUGGUGUCUUCUUAUUCUUCUUCCUCCUCUCCGGCUCUUCAUGAUUCCUCUUCUCAAUCUUUAUAUCCUUCUCUUGAUUCCGUUCAGAUGACCGAUAAUUGCAUCAAGAGAAUGAGAGAAUUGCAAGUCAGUGAGGAAUCAGCAGAUGAAAAGAUGCUUCGCUUGAGUGUAGAAACUGGUGGAUGUUCAGGGUUUCAGUAUGUUUUUAAUCUAGAUGACACGACCAACCCAGAUGACAGGGUUUUUGAGAGAGGAGGAGUAAAAUUGGUAGUUGAUGAUAUUUCAUAUGAUUUUGUAAAAGGGGCAACUGUAGAUUAUGUUGAAGAGCUAAUUCGUUCGGCAUUUCUUGUGACUACAAACCCAAGUGCGGUGGGAGGAUGUAGUUGUAAAAGUUCAUUCAUGGUGAAACAAUAGGUCGUUCAAAUACAUUACCUGUAUUUCCAGCCGUGACGAGAAACCAUCUAGAUCUGGAGUCAAUCAAUUAUUCUACAGGAUUAACAAUAAUCUGAAUUCGUACACAGUGAGCCUCUUUCAUGUAAUAUUUUGAUGCUUCACAGCUUGCCUUGCAUGAUAAACUGGUUUAUAGUCAACUCAUCUCUUUUGGUAUUAAAUUACAGAAAAUAAAGUAUAAUAAUUUGUGAUGACUCCC